AAUUUAAGAAGUGGGUUUUUAAAUCACGAGCCAAAAAAAAAAAAAAAAAAAAAAAAAAGAAGAAGAUGGAUUUGAAGAUUUCCCAAACACACGGCCGAUACAAGGAAAAGUGAAACAUAACUUCCGACGAUAUAUUUCUCUUGAUAGGAUGAACGUUACGGAUGAGGCUGAGCUUUAAAUGCGAUGUUAUUUAUACCUUCUCCAUCGCAUUUCCCCUUCCUCUCCUUCUUGGGAAAAAAAACCAAAGGAUGAAGAAUCGAAAUCCAUUGAAGUGGAGAAAUCUUCUCUUCUGGCUCCUAACCCACAUCUGGAUUCCUGGAGGAGGGUGGGUGGAAGGACAGGACGUGACACUGGACUCGAUCGAAAUAUUCACAAAGCACGAGUGGUUCAGACUCAAACCCACCAUUUAUUUCCAGUGCAAAGGAGAGAACAAGACCGUUUUGCCCGAUGUCACCACCACCCAUGUCUUGUACACCUUCCGCCCCGAAGAAUCGUGGCAGCCUCUAACUGAAAUCCACAGCGAAAAGUGUAAGAGAUGCGGCUUCUACGAGGAAGGCAGUGUCAUUUCAGACAAUCAGUUGGAUGAAUGGGAGUUCUGUCCCUCAGACUUCUCCCCCGACCAAGUUUACGUUCACGUCAAAGAUAACGAGAUGAAUGCUACGUUUUCAUGUCACGGGUGCACCCAGUUCUCUUCCGUAGGUUCGAAGGCCACGUCAAGUUCAGGGUCCCAGGAGGAGGAAGGGAACAAAAUAAAGCUUGUGAUUGUGAUUGUGAUUGCAGUAAGCGUUGCAGCUGCAACGGUAAUUUUGAUUGGAAUCAUUUCCGUAAUCAAAUAUUCACAGCGGAAGAAGAGGCAACAAGACCAAGCCCGGUUUAUGAAGUUGUUCGAGGAAGGAGAAGAUGAACUCGAAGAACUUGGACUUGAAACUGUGAUAUGAAGAUGAUGAGAAUGAAAGUGGUAAAGAUUGGACAGUGAUACUGCACGGCAGGUGUUUGGUUUUUCUAGGAAUUUCGCUGUUUAUUAGAGAAGAUUACUGACAAAUGGAGAAGUUUGAUUCAUCUUGGAAAUGAUUUGGUAUCAGCCAUCAGGCUCAAUAUUAUUGCUUAGCUUUCUCCCCAUAUACUUUAGAUAUAUGUGGAAAUAACCCUCAAGUUUCUGAGAAUGUUGGCUGCAUGAUAUGGCAGAAUUUCCAAGGGCA